UAGCCCAGACAGCUCAAAACUGGUGUUGGUGCCUUCGCUCUCGAUUCAAUCAAUCCAAACCCUAACCCUAAUCAAAACCCUCUUUUUCUUUCUCUCUUUAUCUUCUUCAACUUUUCCUCUCUCUCAUUCGGGAUUUGGCAAUGCGUGCAAAAGCUAUCUUUUGAUCAUUCUCGUGUCUUGCUAUUCAAAUUUUUAUUUUUAUUUUUUCCCGUGUUGCUACUAUAUUUUGAUCAAACCCUAAAGUUGUAUUCUUUUUGGGAAACCAGCAUCGGUCUCUUGCGUUCUCGGUUUUAUCACUUCUGUAGGGUUCUGGGUUUUUGUUUUCUCAAUCGGUUUCAGCGCAACUCUUGUUAAAGUUUGCAGCUUUUUGGUUUCUUUCCAUUUGCAGGUAGAUUUCCGGAGACAGUUCCGGUCAGGGACAGGUAGUGCUUUUUAAGAGCUUGAGAGUUCAGAGGCGAUGGUUUCACCAGAUGUGGUGGGUUCAGUUGAGGAUGUUGUUCGUGCAUUAUUAGAGUAUUUGGUUGAUCCUUUGCUACCAGCAAAAUCUUCUUCCCGGAGUACUCCAUCACUUUCUCAGCAGCAGUCAGUUGCAAAGCAGGUGCAUGCUGUUGUGUUACUCUACAACUACUACCACAGGAAACAACACCAGCAGCUGGAGUUUCUAGGUUUUGAACCAUUUUGCAAGUUGGCUGUAGUUCUAAAACCGAGUCUGUUGUCACAUAUGAAGCUUAUGCAGAUUUUGAAAACUGGUGAAUUGGAUGACCUGGAAAAUCACCUUUCAGCCACAGAGAAAAUGGUCAUGGAUGCUUGUGAUAUAUCGACUAGUCUAAAUGCAUCAAAAGACGUUCCUAAUACAGAGGGAUGGCCAAUCUCCAAGGUCACAGUUUUUCUAGUUGAUUCUAGGAAGGAGAACUGUGUGCUGCUAUUCAGUUCUGUUACCCAAGGGGUUUGGUCAGUUAUUGAGAAGGAUGUUGAUGCCACUAAUCACAGUUUGGAAGGUGUGAAACACAUAUACAGAAAGAAACGGACCACUAAAAAAUCUACAAGAGAUGAAACAGGCAGUGAUGAAGCUAGCUUGCAGCAACUUGCAUUUUCUGCUGUUAAGAAAGCAGCAGGCAUCAGUCAGGCUGAUCUUAUGGUUUUGGAGAGCCAUGUUGUAUAUUCUUUAAGCAAAGAAAGGACAGCUUGUCGCUUUUACAUAAUGCAGUGCACCCAAUCAAUCAAUGAGGAUAUCAGUCAAAUUCCCAUUAACGAGGCGAUUGACAGCCUGCAAGGCCCGUUGGUUAAGAACAGUUCCUGCAGUUGGACGGUGACCUCAGUUGUUGAGUAUUUCCAUGUGCUUCCAUAUAAAGGGAUUUUAUCAGAUUGGCUUUCUAGGGGAGUAUUCUCAAACAGUUUGCAGGAUUUAAGGGUGGGAUUGGGAAACGAAAAAUUAAACAGCACUCAGAGGACAGCAGAACCUUUGGAUGCAGAAGUUAAGAGAAACAGCAACGAGUCUCAUAGUAACUGUGGCAGAGUAGAUGUUCUUGGCAAUGAGAAUAUGAAUGCAGAUAACCCUUGCAUGGUUUGCCCCCAAAAUGAAGAUGAUGCAGAAGUUAAUAAGAAAAGAGUUAGUCCUGAUAGGUACUUGAGCACAGCAGAUGUUCUUGGCAACAAAUCAAGUGGCACUGACACUGAAUCUCCCAGAUGGAAAUACAGUAAUAAUGAAAGCAGAAGUAAGAGCCUUCCUAAUUCAGUCGAAGUCAACCUUCACCAGAAAGAGAUGACUCUGUUUACAGCCAGGGAUCUAAAUGCUGCAGCAACUGGUGCUAUGGCCAAGGAGGGGAUUGCUAACUCUGUGAUGACACCAUGCACGACUAGCUGUAGAGGUGAGAAGGUUGCCAACGGAGGAGAGAUCUGCAACUUUAUCAUGCCAGAUCAGGAUGGAAUGCUGAUAGAAGAUAGGGCUCUGGUUACUUACGAGUCCAACUCUGAACAUCUUGACAAACUUCAAAUUACUAUUGCUUCGAAGGAAAAAUUAUUGUCACAAACUGCCCUGAAAGUUCUUCUCAGAAAAAGGGAUAGACUGUCUCAUCAGCAACGCAAAUUAGAAGAUGAGAUUGCACAAUGUGAUAAAAAUAUUCAGACAAUUUUAGAUGGUGGUGAAGAUGAUUUGGCGUUAAAGAUAGAAUCAAUUUUAGAAUUUUGUAAUGACGCGUGCCCUCAAACUCGAGAUAGGACUUACCGCCAUCUUGAGGACCAAGAAUCGCCUCAACAUAUCAAGAGGAAGAGAUUGUCUGAGGCCAUUCUGAAUAUACAAAAGUCAUGUCAGGAACUCGAUGGUAUCUGUUAUGAGAACAACUGGAUAUUACCAACAUAUCGAGUAUCCCUAUUAGAUGGCAAAUCUGAAGGCACUGUGAGUGUAAAAGGGGUGGAUUUCGAGAUUUCGGUUGUAGGGGAGCCGUGUGACACUCCUCGGGAAGCCAGGGAAUCGGCCGCUGCACAAAUGCUGGCAAAACUGCAGAGUAUGGCGACCGCAGCAGCAGGUAGGUUUUGAGUUUGGUGGGCUCACGUGUAGGGGCUUCCUCUGCCCAGAAAUAUUCUGUUGAGAGUGAUGUAAUGAAUUUGUACCGUUUUUAAACUUGGAGCUUGUAAACUGUUUCCAAAGUUACUUGAUAACACUUCUAUAAUUUGAUUCCAUCUGCUUGGGGUACUGA